AUGUCAUUAGCAGCUGAAAUCAAAGAUCUCACUUACAAGUUUCCUCACACCGAGGAAGCUACGUUGCGGAACAUCGAUCUGGAACUGGAAUGGAACACACGCACGUUGAUUGUGGGGUCCAAUGGUGCCGGAAAAUCCACUUUGCUGAAGCUACUGAGCGGUAAAAACCUGUGUUUGACAGGCCACAUCCGUGUGAACGGGCUGGACCCGUUCAGCCCGGCAUCGAUGCAACAAAAGCAGAACGAUGAAUGCCAGAUCACUACCUACCUGGGCACUGAAUGGUGCCAUAUGAGUAUCAUCAACCGCGAUAUCGGAGUGCAAGAGCUUCUCGACAGCGUGGGACUGCAGGAUUUCCGGGAACGUGGGCAAACCUUGAUCGACAUCCUCGAUGUCGACGUUCGCUGGCGCAUGCACAGGCUCAGCGACGGCCAGAAACGGCGUGUUCAGCUCACAAUGGGCCUUCUCAGGCCCUGGCGUCUACUGCUGCUCGACGAGGUCACCGUGGACCUCGACGUGCUGGCCCGAAGCCGUUUGCUUGCCUUUCUCCACCACGAAACCACCGUUCGCCGCUGCAGCGUCGUAUACGCAACCCAUAUCUUCGACGGGCUUGCAGAGUGGCCCGAUGUUGUUCUGCACCUCCGCGAGGGCCGUAUCGCGCGCCGGUUGUCGUACGCGAAGGACGUCAAGUUCGACCCGACUGUUCCCGUGCAAAGCGUUUCCGCGUCUGUCCGCGAAAACGACAAUGCCGUGACUCUUGGGUACGCCAAAUCCCUGCAUCCGCUCGCAGUGGACUGGUUGUCCAAUGACGAGUCCCAGCAGAAACACAGCCAGCGCUGA